AUGUCCUCCCAAGAUAUACUACUAGGCCUCCAAGGACGCGAGAACCAUUUGCUGCGUGGCAUACGAUGCAUCGUUUCAAUUCAAGUGGCUGCUCCGCUCCUACGCACACAGCAACUUUACCACUUCAACAACAUCAGCCAAUCAGAGGCUCCCAAAAGAGAUGGCUACGCGUCGACAAUAAACCAAGUGAGCGACAACUGA